AUUCAACCACCCACCAGCAGCAUCCGCUCCCCUCUUUUUCUCCUAAAGGGGCUACACACCAACUCCAUCCUCCAAAGUGGAAGUAAAGAAAGCCUUUCUCCAUUUUUCUGAUCAAACGGUCACAACCUUUUCCACUCUCCAUUCGUAUGGGCGGGAGAAAUUAUUGAUGAAGUGGGGACGAAAAGAAGAGAAGAAGAAGGAGAAGAGGAGGAGGAGCGUGUGAAGACAAACGCAAAACAACCAAAAAUGAAGUGGAAGCCAAAGGAGGAGAUGUAAGAACUUCUUUCAUUUUUGUCCCUAUAAAGAAACCCUUCAGGCCUUCACCACCAGCUAAAGAUCACAUCAAAGAGAGACAGAGAGAGAUAGGGCAGAUUGGAGAAUCUCUCUAUCCUCCUUUUCCUUUCUAGUUUUCUUGCAGGCGCAAAGGAAAGAUCGUAGGUAGGCAACGGCGAUAAUAUGCUGCUCAGGAGCUCCCUUUCCAACACCAAGAAGUUCUUCCGGAGAACCAUAGAGAGCUUCACUUCCUUCCUCUCCUGCGGCAAUUACCAAAAGCUGCCCAAGACGCCGAGCCCCUGCGUCGACCCUUAUAACAAUGCCAAUGGCAGCAGCGUGUACCCUCCUCCCUCCAAGGACUUGGACCGAUUCUACACCGACUUCACAGGCCGAAGGGACUCCGACAAGGGCAACCAGCACAAGGCAAAGAAGAGAAGCAUGGACAGGGCCGCCGCCGUGUUCAUGGACAGGGUUCAAGAAAAGGCAACCCGCUGGGAAGAGAAUCCUCCUACCAAGUUUUCGAUGUCCAAGCCGACCACUCCGUCGAAGAACGACCACAGAGAGAGGAGAGAAUGGCCGGGCAAGAAGAUGGUGAGAAGCAGCUCUUCCCAUGACAGGAGGAGAGAGGGCUCGUCAUGUUCCAAAAGCGCGAGGGAGGCGAGGAGCGGCUUGAUUGCGCAGAAGCUGAAGGAGCUGGAGAGGAUGGACAUGAGCAACAUUGAUCACGUGCUUGACGUUGAGGAGGUCCUUCACUAUUACUCCCUCCUCACUUGCCCGGCCUAUCUCGAGAUCGUCGACAAGUUCUUCACCGAGAUGUACGACGAGUUCUUCGGGGCGCUGAUGCCGACGGCUCAUGCGAGCCGAGGCCGCAGCAGAUGAAGUUUCUCAGCUUUUCCCCUUUCGGUUACAUCGGAAGAUGUGGUGAGAUGGUGGAGAAAGGGGAAAUGAACUGGGGUCGGCAGUGUUUGUUGCCAUGGCUCUCUCACUUGAGGUUGACACAUUCUCCUCAACAGCUAGCAUCAAUUCCUGGUGGGGAAAUCCCAUGUCCUCAUAUUCUUUCCGGAGUCUUUUCUCCUGAAUGUGGUUGUACAUUGUAAUUCUACACAUGCAAUAAGAUGCGGCAUU